AUGGCCCCGGUGGCGCUCAGGCGCCAUUUUGUGUCACUCGGUGCCACCUCGGUGCCACUUUGGGGCCUCUCGGUGUCACCUCUGGUGCCAUUUUUGUCACUUUGUGACCUCCGGGGGAACGCCCUGCGCUGGCUCCUGGCCUGGGGCCGCGCCCGCCCCUCCCCCCCAGGGGGCCGCUGCCGAGCGCCCCUCCCCCACCUGGGCGUGGCCCUGGCGCAGCUCCGCCCCCAGCAGCUCCAGUGCCAGAGGCACGAGCUGCGUCCGUUCCAGACGCUGCCGUUCUCGUCCCUGGGCGCCGCCCCCGCGUCCCUCGGGGGCCACCCCUGGGUGUUCGUGGCGCAGCCGGAGCUCGGCGCCAGCUCGGGGGCAAACAAAGGAAAAAUGAGGGGGAGGUUCCGGGCUCAGAGCGUGGUCAAUGGCUCGUCCCCGGCGUCCUGCCACCCCGUGGUGGUGGCCGACACGCCGCUCCUGGUGGUGGCCCAGCCGCGCGGCGGCUCCUGGGUGCGGCGCCGCUCGGGCUCCUCCUUCGUGCGCCGCCAGUCCCUGGGCCAGGGCCGCCUGCGCCGUCCCCAUGCCGUCACCUCCGCCCGCCUGGGCGGCUGCCUCUACCUGGGCGUGGCCGACGGCUCCAAGGGCGGCGUCUCCGCCGUGUUCCGCCGGGCUUCCGGAGCCUUCUACCCGGCGCAGGCGCCGCGGCCGUGGCGGCGCGACACGCGCCUGGAGUUCCUGGAGCUGGGCGGCCGCGCGGCGCGGGUGGCCCGCGGCGCCGCCAGGAGGCCCCGGGCGUUCCUGCGGGGCGCCGGCGGCUUCGCGCCGCACGCGGACGUCCCGCACGCGCCCGACGUCUACGCGGCCGAGCGCUUCGGCGUGGAGGGCGGCGUGUUCCCGUGUCUCGCCCGGUUCCUGGGGGACGCCGAGGUGAUGCGCUGGGAGGGCUCCAACCCAUGA